UUAAUAUUGGAGACGGCCUGCUUCAAGCUUGCACUAAGCCGAUGACUACUCUUUCCUGCCAGGACGUCUGUUUCCUUAACUAGCCGAAUAAUAUGAAGAAGGCUCUUGAAGCGCCGUGUGGAUCAUGGAAGAGAGAGGCAGAGGAAGCGAGAGAUGGAGCGGAGCCAUAACGAAUCUGACGGAGAUGGCUUCCAAUUUGGAGUCUCUACAGAAACUUCUCAUCAAGAAAGCUGUUUUCGUAGACGAUGACACUUUCGCCAAAGCCUCCCUCUCUGCUGAACAAGCCCGCACCAUCAAGGUUCUUGAACAAAGAGUGGAAACAUUGGAAAGAGAACUAGACGCUGCCAUCACUGCUGCUGCUCAUGCUCGUUCUGAAAAACGGCAGGCUGAAGCAGCACAGAAAGCAGCUGAGUUACGUGCGCAAGAGGUUACAAAGGAGCUUGAGAACACCACAAUUCGAAGAUAUAUAAUCAUCAUCUUCAGUUUCGAAGUUCUUCAUUUCAUUGUGCCCGGGAAGUCCAACUUGUGCUUCUGUCUGGAGAUGGAAGAUGCAGUCAGUUUCCGUGCUUCUGUCUCAGCAGUAGUGUGGAACAGUUCUAAUCUGUUAUAGGCAAAGCUAAUAAUGGUUCUGACUUUGAUCACAGAGGUGUUUGGGCUUCACAUGGAAGAGCUGCGUGCAAAGCAAGAAGAAAUCUCAAAGCGCGAUAAGGAUAUCAAACUUUUAGAAGGUAUAAUUCAGACACUUGGAGGAAGGGAAUCCCAUUCUACAUCUGAGUAAAAUCUGUCUUUAUUCUGGGUGCGAUCCAUGUACGCUUUAUUUAACACCUUGUAUAUUGAAUGAAGAUUGGUACCCUUAAAUGUAAUAAUUUUGGAUUUCUUCAUAGAAAUCUAUAAUUAUGUCCACAUGAGUGCCAAUGGAAGUUAAGACGAUAUUUACAAUUA